AUGUCUCGGUGGAGUUGCUCAUGGUUCGGAACAGUUGUAGCAGAGUGGGACUCAACAUUGAUUGAAAAAGUAGUUAUGCUUGCGUGGGCUAUCUGGUCGAAUAGGAAUGAACGAAGGAAUGGGGGAGUGAUGAAAUCUGCUACGAGAUUACGAUCUGAUGCAUUGGAAUAUUUGGCUGAAUACCAGGAAAGCGUAGCGGUGCUGAAGCAGCGAAGGGACGUUCAGCCUGAGGUUUGGAAACCACCAUCGAGAGGUUUGUUCAAGCUUAAUGUUGAUGGGGCUGUUUUUGCUGAUCAGAGAGCUGCAGGUGUGGGUGCUCUGAUUCGGGAUGAGGAAGGUAAUGUUAUUGGAGCCCUUAGCAAGAAGAUUUCAGCCCCCCUAAAAGCAGUUGAGAUUGAGGCGAAAGCAGUGGAGGUGGGUUUGCAAUUUGCUAAAGAUCUUUGUGUACAAGAUUUUAUUCUUGAAGGCGACUCCCUUUUGGUAAUCAAUGCUCUGAAGGAUCUCUCUCCGCCACCAUCAUCUGUGGCUGCUAUUAUUUCUAGCUCUUUGUCUGUUUCUCAAGAGUUUAGACAGGUUGUUUUUUCACAUAUCCGUAGGCAAGGCAAUAGACCAGCCCAUUUAUUAGCUAAAUAUGCCUCUGGUAUAGAUGAUUUUUCAGUUUGGUUAGAGGAGGAACCGUGUUUCCUUAAUCAAGCUCUGAUUCAAGAUGUAACCUUUUCUUCUUUGGUUUAA